GCCGCUUGUGCAUCCUCUUUCGUCUCUCUCCAAAAUUUUCAGGUGGCAGAGAACUAAGAUGGGUCGACUUGCUCCUCUGUCAGAAGAACCCAUUAAUGAAGACAACGAUGGAACCACCGGCUCAAGGAAAGGUCUCCAGGCAUGGCGAAACUGGAGCUGGAUCAAGACCCCCUUCUUCCUCGUCUUCAAUAAGAAGUCUGACCUCAAGAUCCUUCUCAGCGUUCUGGGUUGUCCUCUCUUCCCUGUUCCUCUUCUCCCCAAACAACACCACAAUGAGGUGUCAUCUUCAGCCCAGUAUAUUAUACAGCACUUCACGGCGGCGACCGGGUGCCGAAAGUUGGAAGGGAGAGUAAAAAACAUCUUUGCGACAGGGAAGGUGACAAUGGGUGUGGUGGAUGAGCCUGGAUCCGGCGGCGGAGGGGCCACCGGAAUUUCAGAAAGAGGGUGCUUUGUUAUGUGGCAAAUGGUUCCUGACAAAUGGCAAAUAGAGCUCGUCGUGGCUGGCCACAAGGUUGCUGCUGGUAGUGACGGCGCCGUGGCUUGGCGCCACACUCCAUGGCUUGGCGCGCACGCCGCUAAAGGUGGCGUCCGGCCUCUUCGUCGUGCUCUUCAGGGACUGGACCCUCUGGCAGUAUCUGCUGUAUUCUCUGGGGCGCAGUACAUGGGAGAAAAGCAAAUCUCAGGCGUGGAUUGUUUCGUGCUGAAGCUCUCAGCUGAUCAGAAGGACCUCUUUGAUCGCAGUGAUAACACAGCAGAGAUGAUCAAGCAUGUUAUAUUUGGUUAUUUCAGCCAAAGAAGUGGACUUUUAGUGGUACUAGAGGAUUCUUACCUGACCAGAAUUCAAUCACCUGGGGCACACCCCACAUAUUGGGAGACAACAAUGUCGACAAAAAUCGAGGAUUAUAAGUUGGUGGACGGUGUGAUGAUUGCUCACGCGGGGAAAUCAACGGUGAUCAUUACAAGGUUCGGGGAUAAUCUGAAGGCGGGCCCUGCCAUCACAAGGUUGGAAGAAACAUGGAACAUUGAUGAUGUGGCAUUCAACGUGGUGGGCUUAUCCAUGGACUGCUUCAUUCCUCCUAAGGAACUCCAGAGAGAUUAUCCUCAAGAGAAUCUGGAUUGGAGAUCACCCUUGCAUAGAUGACCAAAGCUUCUUGGUUGUGCGCGCGUGGCGCUAACUUUUUCUUUCUCUGCAAAAAUGGGUGGAUGCUAAUUGUUAUUUAGUACAUAAUGUACUGUAUCAUGUUACUGAUUCUGGACAUUCUAUAUAUAUAUAUAUAUAUCGAUAUCUGAUUUUGUAUA